GCGACCAGAGUUCCAUCUGGUGCAUACACCUAGAACCACGACCAAAAAUGUUCGACGGGCGAACUAGAGCGAGACAACCAGUGACAGCACGCUUCACCGCCUCGAUUAUCCGGUGGAUUGCUACACACACUUCUUCUCCGGCAACUCUCGAACGAACAACACUAAUUUUCGCGUCUCUCCCAAACUCACCGUUCCGCGGCUUAAAAGAAAAAAAUAAAUCGAAUUCUACAAAAACGUAGUUCGCCAAGCGUGUUGCGUAUCUUUUAAAAAAUUAGGGAUCACUUUUGUGGCGCCCCUAAAACUGGUGACCCCGACGUGAUCCGCAACCGACGCCGCGAAUUCGUCCGUGAGUGGGUGUGUGUACUACGCAUCGCAAACUUGUACCGCGUUGAACGUGUUAAAACGUGCCACCGGCAUCGGAGAUCGACGCAGAGAAGACAACGUGUGUGUGUGUGCCUACGACCGGGAGUGCUACCAGCGUUAGAGGUACCGGCAACGCAGCUGGCCUCCUCCCCCCUUUCCCUGUAAAGUGUGCAACGAGCGCCCUUUCAUCAUACACAGGACGUUGAGUGCUGGCCAACGAAAAAACGCAGCAACGCCGUGUUAGUGCGGCUGUAGCUACACGGAGCGUUCCUGCAUUCAUGCGAACAAAAGAACCACCCGCACACGAGCGCGCCGCCUCGAAGCGCGACAAGCGCACACACACCAUCAUCGGCGCAGCAGAAAAAUUCCAUCCUUCUUUCGACGGCUGACGCAAUCGACGCAAUUCUUGGAAGCGGAUCGACGACAAUCUCCGCUGGUGGUCUCCUCGACGCCGAUCACCGCCUGGCAAGCUGUUCCUACACCUCGUGCUACUGGGAAUUUUCCGUUUGUGUGCGCUUCCAUCUACGGGUGCGAUCAAGAAGGAAGACACCAACGUCGAGUUGCGCACGCAAAUUAUCCAGCCGUAGCAGUAGUGACACAUCGCCGCCAUCACGAUUUUUUCGCUCGAAGGCGAACCCGCUUGGAUCCAGCUGACAAGAAGAACGACGCCGCCAUUUGCUGUGCACCAUUUUAUCGCAGGUGAGGAAACACCAUUUUCUCCACCCGAGAAGGAAGACGACGCACGCUGCUUCUGAAGCGUUUUCAUACCGAUCGACCGCAAAGACGACACCCUGGUUACGUGAACAAUUAAGGUAAGAUCCACCCUUUUUAUUCACUACUAACCCCGACGUGGAAGGAUGCAGCGUAGCCCGCAACAAGGUGCAGCGCCGGUCGCCAGCCCUGCAGUUGCCAUCAGCCCUGCGGUGGCCGCCAGUCCUGCGGUGGUCGCCAGCCCCGCAGCUGGACUCCCCACAUCGAGUCCAUACGUAAUCGAUAUAACCCCUCUCGCUCGUGACGCCUCUACCGACCUUCCGGAGUUCCAAGUCGAGACCGUGAACGCCAUGCGUCUCAAGCCGCCCGAAUUGGAUACUGCUGACAUCCAUACGUUCUUCUACGCUUUGGAGAACUGGUUCGACGCCUGGAAUAUUUCUCCGCACCAUCAUGUUAGACGUUUUAACAUCCUGAAGACACAGAUCCCUACGCGAAUUCUUCCCGAGUUGCGUCCAAUUCUCGACAGCGUACCAAAUACCGACCGCUACGAAUCCGCGAAGAAGGCCAUCAUACAACAUUUCGAAGAGUCUCAGCGAAGCCGCCUACACCGUUUGCUAUCCGAAAUGAGCCUCGGCGACCGUAAGCCUUCACAACUGCUAGCCGAGAUGCGGCGAACAGCAAACGGUGCAAUGACCGACUCCAUGUUGAUCGAUCUUUGGAUCGGUCGGCUGCCGCCCUACGUUCAGUCCGCCGUGAUCGCGUCCUCUCAAAACGCCGACGAGAAAGUUAAGGUAGCCGAUUCAGUGGUCGACUCUUUCGCCUUGUACAAUCGCUCCGGUCCGUACCAAACCAUCGCCGAGGUGCGGAAUGAGGAGGUCAACCGCCUUUCACGACAGGUAGCCGAGCUGAGUCAACGCUUAGAAACUCUAAUGAACCAGAACCAAGCUCGUGAACGCUCACGGGCCCGCUCACGCUCUCGCAAUCGCAACACGAACCAGGCUACUAAUCCUAACACUAACGGCUACUGUUUCUACCACGACCGAUACGGACAGCAAGCGCGUAACUGCCGCGCUCCGUGCUCGUUUAACAGCCGUCCUCAAAAUAAUGGUACUCCUACUACUUCUGCAUGACGGAACGCGGGAGACGUCCAGCUUCUAGUCGAUUCGAUAUCAUCGGCCAGUCAUCGCCUUAUUAUCAAAGACUAUAAAACUAACCAACCCUUCCUUAUCGACACCGGCGCCGACGUCUCCGUAAUACCUCGACAGCACAGCUCCGUUCCUUGCAAACCAUCGACCAUGAAACUAUUUGCCGCUAACAGUACGCCUAUCCAAGUGUAUGGAGAGUCACUCUACACGUUGGAUCUUGGUCUUCGACGCGCCUUUCUGUGGAACUUCGUGAUUGCAGAUGUGGGUACCGCAAUAAUAGGAGCCGAUUUCCUCCAGCAUUUUCACCUUUUAGUGGACCUGCGCGACAAAUGCCUAGUAGACGCCUUAACCAACUUACGAACGCCGGGUGUUCCUGAUCUACAUCCUGGGGAGCCAACCGUAAAGGUGUGCGAUUCGACCUCGCCAAUCGCCACCUUGUUGAGGGAAUUCCCUGGGUUGACUGCACGGACCGCGCCCGGAACGCUCCUGCAAUCCGACGUCACGCACCGCAUAGAGACUACCGGACAACCGACCUUCGCCCGUCCGCGUAGAUUGUCCCCCGAAAAAUAUGCUGCAGCUCGCGCCGAGUUCGAGUCUCUCGUACAGCUAGGAGUGUGCCGACCAUCUAACAGCAGCUGGGCCAGCCCUCUGCACAUGACGAAAAAAGCAGACGGGUCGUGGCGACCCUGUGGCGACUACAGGGCCCUCAACGCGAAAACAAUUCCCGACCGUUACCCACUACCUUUCUUGCAGGAUUUUACUAUGCAUUUGCAGGGAAAAACCAUAUUUUCUAAGGUUGACCUGCACAAGGCAUAUCACCAAAUCCCGAUACAUCCCGAAGAUAUACCGAAGACGGCGAUCACAACUCCCUUCGGAUUGUUCGAGUUCACCACGAUGCCCUUCGGCCUACGAAACGCUGCGCAGACUUUUCAGCGACUCAUUCACGAUGUCCUCCGAGGUCUCGACUUCGUGUUUCCAUACAUAGACGAUAUGAUUGUCGCCUCGUCGUCAGAGGAAGAACACCACGAACACCUGCGCCAGCUGUUUCAGCGUCUGGAACAACACCACCUGGCCAUCAAUCCGGCCAAAUGCGAAUUCAACCGAAGUGAAAUUGCCUUUCUUGGCCACUUGGUCAACGCAGAAGGAAUAAGUCCUCUCCCGGAACGGGUACGAGCGAUCAGCGAGUUGAGUAAACCAGCGACGAUAAUGGAGCUGAAGAAAUUCCUCGCGAUGAUCAAUUAUUAUCGACGCUUCUUGCCACAUGCCCUGACGACACAAAGCAUCCUACUUGAGAUGACACCGGGGAACAAGAAGAAGGACAAGACACCGCUAAAGUGGACGCCCGAAUCUAGCGAAGCAUUCGACCGAUGUAAAGAGCAGCUACAACAAGCCGCGCUUUUAGCUCACCCUGCCUUAAACGCAGAGUUGUCACUCUGGACAGACGCUUCCGACUUCGCCGCUGGAGCCGUUCUCCACCAACGCAUCGACGGCCAACUCCAGCCCUUAGGAUUUUUCUCCAAAAAGUUUGAGAAGGCACAGCUCAACUACUCCACAUACGACCGCGAGUUGACCGCUAUUUAUCUGGCUGUACGACACUUUCGGUAUCAGUUAGAGGGUCGUGAAUUCUGCAUCUACACGGACCACAAACCUCUAACUUUCGCUUUUCGCCAGACUCUUGAUAGCUCCUCGCCGCGUCGAGCCAGACAACUCGACUUCAUUGGGCAAUUCUCCACCGACAUUCGCCACGUAUCGGGAGAAGAAAACAUCACCGCCGACCUACUCUCACGAGUUGAAAUAGUAAACGCGUCACCUGCAAUCGAUUUUGAACGUCUCGCCGAAGAGCAAACAAACGACCCUGAGCUCGCCGAUAUACUCAGCGGUAAAACACGAACCGACCUUUUCCUUCAAAAAACGCCGAUACCAGGAAGCACCCAAUCGCUAUACGCCGACUGCCCUGGUGGAAUAAUUCGACCGUACAUCACAAGAUCAUUCCGGAAUCAGCUUCUACACGCCGUACACGACCUUAGCCAUCCUGGAGCGAGAGCCACUGCCAAAUUAAUGACAGAGCGAUUUGUUUGGCUGGAUAUCAAAAGGGACGCUCAGGAAUUCGCCAGAAACUGCUUGGCAUGCCAACGCGCUAAGAUAGGCAGACACACGAAAAGCCCGCUCGUACCGUACCCGGCAACGCAAGACAGGUUCAGCCAUAUAAACAUCGAUAUCAUCGGGCCAUUUCCAAUUAGCAACGGCAACCGAUACUGCCUCACGAUCAUAGACCGAUAUACCCGCUGGCCGGAAGCUAUACCGAUUCCAGACAUCACCGCGACUACGGUUGUAUCAGCACUGCUGUACCAUUGGAUUGCACGAUUCGGAGUUCCGUCUCACGUGACAACCGAUCAGGGACGACAAUUCGAGUCCGCCCUGUUCAAGGAGUUGACGCGAGCCCUUGGAACAAAACACAUUCGAACGACCGCGUAUCACCCGCAGGCAAACGGGUUGAUCGAGAGAUGGCAUCGCACUCUCAAAGCUGCAAUUUGCUGUAAAGAUACAUCGAAGUGGAGCGAACAUCUCCCACUCAUACUGCUCGGAUUACGCACUACAUUCAAGAACGACAUUAAUGCGUCGCCUGCAGAACUCGUGUACGGAACGACCCUCACCAUUCCCGCCGAAUUUCUCGUCGAAAAACCGCAACCAGCACUGGUCAACCAGUCCGACUUUGCCAAAUCACUCCGAGAAGCGAUGAGCAAAAUUCGACCUUCUAACACCGCCUGGCACACCAACCGAACAUCGUUUGUGCACUCCGACUUGAACAAAUGCUCGCAUGUGUUUGUGCGCAAUGACACCGUCCGUCCCGCGUUAACCACACCUUAUCACGGCCCAUACCAAGUACUUACUCGAAAUUCAAAGUCUUUUCAGAUCCUACUAAACGGACACCCCUCGCUUGUGUCCGUCGACCGCCUAAAGCCAGCAUAUACAACCGAAGGAAUAAUCUCGUCAGCCCCGCAACAACCGUCACCCGACCAACUGCUGACGAGCCAACGACACGCUACUCCGGUGGUCCAACCACCGUCGACGCAACAAUCGACGAUGAGCCAGCGUCUCACAACUCCGAUGCCCGGACCGUCGACGCUCGACCAGCUGCCAUCGUCCAACCAGUCGUCGCUGCCAGAUCAGCAGCCAACGGCCACACAGUCGCCUUCGACCAUACAGCUGCCGUCAACAAACCAACCGCCGAUAGCCCGGAACCGCGCCACACGAACAUCACUCAUGCCGUCGCUACAACCAGCCAGAGCAACCACCAGCUUCGCCCCACCACCGCCUAUCUUACGCAAGGAUCAAAACGUAUCGACCGGUGUUACCAGAUCUCAACGAAGAGUAGUAAUUCCUCUGCGAUACCGAUAACACCGAUCUAGGAGGGGAAUCCUGUAGCGACCAGAGUUCCAUCUGGUGCAUACACCUAGAACCACGACCAAAAAUGUUCGACGGGCGAACUAGAGCGAGACAACCAGUGACAGCACGCUUCACCGCCUCGAUUAUCCGGUGGAUUGCUACACACACUUCUUCUCCGGCAACUCUCGAACGAACAACACUAAUUUUCGCGUCUCUCCCAAACUCACCGUUCCGCGGCUUAAAAGAAAAAAAUAAAUCGAAUUCUACAAAAACGUAGUUCGCCAA